AUGGCCGAGAUCCUUCACAAGCAGGGGAGUAAACGGGUUCGCUUGUUUUUGGACACUGGGAGUCAACGAAGCUUUAUCUCCGCUAAAACUGCAAAGCAGUUAGGCCUGCCAGUGGUAGGCAAAGUGGCGUUGAACAUUGCUCCCUUUGGUUCAGCAGAAAUCAGUGGCCAGUAUGACGUUGUGAGUUGCUGGGUAGAGAUGGGUAAUAGAAUUGUUCGAAUGAAACUAGUUGUUCACGAGAACGUAGACGUCCCGAUUCAUAACGCAGGUUAUGUAAGAGUAAGACAACACCUAGUAGGGAAGGGAGUCACGUUAGCAGAUCCUGACAGUAAGAGCGAUAAGUUACGAAACGUGCACAUUCUUGUGGGUGCAGACUAUUUUAAUUAUUUCAUUAUUGGAGUAGAAAAGAUCGACGGGAUAAGUCUUUUUCUGACCCAUAAUGGCAUGUCGCCAUAUGGGAGAGUGCCACAGUGGCUAUUAGAAGGUCACAAGAUAGAUCAUGUGAGAACGCUCAGGGUAUGUAGGGUCGCGAGCAAACCAAUUGCAUUUGAUGUUGAUGAAUGGUGGCAUUUGGAUACCGCAGGCAUCGCCCCAUCCGAGCAGUACACUGUCUGCGAAGCGGAAGCCAUGCGAAAGGUUUCACAGAGUGUAACGAAGAAGCCUGAGGGAUAUCAGGUUAAUUUGCCGUUCCGUUCAGAAGGUAGGCCAGAAACAAACUUUAGAAAUGCUGUAGCACAGCUGGAUUCGCUGCAAACCAAAUUUCAGAAAGACAAGGACUACUAUAAUCAAUAUCAAGGAGUGAUCGACAAAUACCUGGAGGCAGGAUUUAUAUAUGAAGUAAAAGAUCCAAAAAUAGAAGGAUACUACAUGCCACAUUUCGGCAUUAAAAAAGAUAGUAGCACGACCCCCCUUAGAAUCGUAUUCAAUGCCUCAUCCAAAGCUAAGAAUAAUAAAUCCUUAAAUGAAUGCCUGUUACCUGGGCCUAAUUUAGUAGAGUUGGCCUAUAAUUUGCUUCUAAAGUUUCGAAUGAAUAAAUACGCCAUGCUUGCACACAUAAGCAAAGCAUUUCAUAGAGUACUAUUAGAUCCCCGUGAUGCCAAAUAUACAAGAUUCCUGUGGCCAGAGGUAGCAGGUCGAGCGCUGACCUUCGCUUUCAGAGUCCUGGUGUUCGGCAUCACGGCUAGUCCCUUUUUGUUACAACAAGUAUUGAGUCAUCAUUUUAGUUUAGAAGGAAGAUCUGAAUUAAGCAAGUCAUUUUACGUUGAUAACUAUGUUAGUACCUUUGAAAGUCUGGAUGAGAUGAAAAAAGAACAAGAAUCUGUCCAUGCAAUUUUGGAUAGGGCCAGAAUGCCGUUAGAAGGGUGGGCAACGAACAGUAUAGCCUUCGAUAGCGAGAGAGAGUGGAAAGAACCUGUGAAUGUGAGCGUGCUCGGGCUGAGAUGGGCUCGAGACGUGGACUGUCUGUGUGUGAAAGAAAGUGAGAGGAUUCGGGAAUUGGGGGAGGGAUGGGUACCUACGAAACGUAGGGUACUAUCUUUGCUAAUGUCAAUUUACGAUCCGCUUGGUCUGGUCAGUCCUUUAUUUGUUAGGGGAAAGCUGUUUCUCCAACAACUUUGGGAAGAAGAGAUUGGAUGGGAUGACGUGUUAUGUAAGGAAAAGGCUAAAGAAGCGCGAGAACUGUUAGCAGAGUUGAAAUCAGUCAGUGAUUUAACAUUUCCUAGAGCGGCAGGAGUAAGAAGAUCCGAACUCCAUAUAUUCACCGAUGCCAGUAGUAGGGCAUACGGUGCUGUAGCGUAUGUCAGAGAUAAAGAAAGUAACGUAAUAUUACUCACCAGCAAAAUGAGAAUCACUCCGAAAGGGAUGCUCAAGAUCACCAUCCCUAAAUUAGAACUUUUAGCUUUGCUGCUAGGUUGUAGGCUAGCGAAAACGAUUAAAGGGCUAAUAGAGCCACAAGAGAUUAGUAUCUGUCAUAGCAAAGUUGCAUUAGCCUGGGUGGCAUCCCCGGAUGCCAAGGACAACAAAAAUAUCUUUAUACCUAACCGUGUGGCGGAAGUUGUUUUUCUCCGCCAGAUUUGUGAUUUCAGUGUGAAGUAUGUGCCCAGCAAACAGAAUCCUGCUGAUGUCUUGUCUAGGGGCGCAAAAAUCCAGCAAUUGCAGCAGAACCCUCUUUGGCGCCAGGGUCCAGAGUUCUUGGGAAUCCCAGGAGAGCCUGUUCCUUUCAAAGAGGCAGAUCUAACGAAUAUCAGAACCGUGGUAGCGGCGGUGCAGGAACUGAGGGAAGAAACAAGGUCUAUUCCCCCAGGAGGGAUAUGGGAACUACUACUCAGGGAGGUUGAGUUCCGAAUUUUGAUUAGAGUAACCAGAUUAGUGUUAAAGUUUGCAAAAGUGAAAAGGGAUCCUUUUCGAGCUCUUGUCUUAUUAGAGCAAAGAUUCUAUUUACCUACUGUGUAUGCAUAUUUGGAGGGUGAGGUCAGACCCCCUCGUGAGAUAUUGAAUUUUUCUGGGGAACCCACCAAGCUGCACCCCGGAGACAUCGUGUUAGUAAAGCAAGAAAAUCAAAAGCGGGCAACGUGGCCCCUUGGACGUGUUGUGGAGACGUACCUGGACGACGACGGUGUCGUGCGUUCGGCCAAGGUAUUGUUCGAAGAUGUUGAGUCCCUGCGUGCUGUCAGCAACUUGGUCCCCCUGGAACUUGCCCCCUCAGAUGACGAUGAUGGCGUUGGAGACAAACGGCGUGACGAUGUUGAUGGUGCGACGGAGGAGAUGGUGUGUGACGAUGACGGCAACGAAGAGGUCCGAGACGAGGGAGCGUACAGCCCAGCAGUAGGUGUUCCAGGAAAUGUUGUGACGUCUGGGGACGACCAAGGGAUGGCACUGGCUGCAACAUCCGAACAACCAGCCACAAAGGUCUUGAGUGACAUAGAAGACACUGACGAUAUUGGUAACGAUUUGAGCGAUACCAAUGCAGUAAGUGAGAGUGCUGAAGUGAAUGAUACUCAGGUAUCGAGUGGUAGUGACAUUGACGUUCAGUUAGGCGGACAAAGACGUUCUGCACGCCCUUUGAGAAAGGCUGCUGCUAAGCAGCGCGAGUUAAUGAAGCGCUUAAUGGAAAGCGACUAUAUCUAA